CGCUGCCUGUGCGUCGUGUCACGGUGGCGGAAGAUGGCUGACAGCGGAGCUUUGGCAGUGAAAAGAUGCGACUCCGUGUCCGUCUCUGGUUCUGGCCCCGGCUCCGUGUCCUCAGUGAGCAUGGAGGCGAUCUCUGCGCUGACGGAGCUGGAGGACCUGGAACGGGUUUACCAGCAGCUCUGUGCCGAGGAGAAAGAGGUGGAGGCUGAGCUGGACCGGCUGGUGGGACAGGAGGGGACCAUUCACACAAAGAUGUUUGCACUGCAGAGGAUGGGACCCAAUUUACAGCUGAUUGGAGGAGAUGCCAGUCAGCUGUCCGGCAUGAUCACGUUUACCUGCAGCUUGGCUGAAAAUGUCAGUCGUAAAGUGAGACAGCUCGACCUGGCGAAGACUCGGCUGUACAACGUCAUCCAGCGAGCCGAUGAUAUCCUCGACCUGAAGUUCUGCACAGACGGCGUCCAGACCGCUCUGCGUAACGAAGACUAUGAACAGGCUGCUGCUCACAUCCACCGAUACCUCUCUCUGGACCAGUCGGUCAUUGAGCUGAGCAGGCAGGGAGAAGAAAGCAGUGCUGUGGAUGCCAGUCUGGUCAUGCUGCAGGAGGCAGAGCAGAAGCUGAAGGUCAUCGUCUCCGAGAAGCUGGAUGAAGCCGUCGCGGCGGUCGACCUGGCGCAGGUGGAAAGGUUUUUCAAGAUCUUCCCUCUGCUGGGCCUCCACCAGGAGGGCCUCACCCGCUUCGGUCAAUAUCUCUGCAGCCAGCUUGCCUCCAAAGCCGAGGAGAACCUGCUGUUAGCUACAGGAGGAGAUCUUGGCGAGAAGAGAGCUCUGCUGAUAUUUGCAGACACUCUAACUCUGCUGCUAGAAGGCAUCGCUCGUGUGGUGGAGACCCAUCAGCCCAUCGUGGAGACGUACUACGGGCCGGGGCACCUCUACACGCUCAUCACUCACCUGCAGCAGGAGUGCGACCGGCAGGCCCAAAAAGUUGUCGACAAAUUCAUUCAGCAGAGAGACUACCACAACAAGUUUCAGAUCGUCCAGAGCAGCAUGAUGAAGAGCGUGCCAGCAGAACGGAUCGAGCCAAGGGAGCUGGACCCCGUGCUGUCAGAGGUCACCAUGAUGAACGCCAGGGCGGAGCUUUACCUGCGCUUCCUGCGUCGCCGAAUAAUGGCCGACUUCGAAGUUGGAGAUGCUCAGAGUGUCACGCAAGAGCAUCAACAAAACGUGGAGAAGCUGCUUAAACACUGCCAGCUGAGCAGGACGAUGCAGGAGCUGAUCGGAUACUACAUCCCAAUGGAAGAAUACUACAUGAGAGAGUCCGUUAACAAGGCCGUUGCCAUGGAUACUUAUGAAAAAGGUCAGCUGACCAGCAGCAUGGUGGACGACUGUUUCUACAUUGUGAAGAAGUGCAUCAGCCGCGCGUUGUCCAGCUCCAGCAUCGACUGCCUCUGUGCCAUGAUCAAUCACGCCAACUCCGUGCUCGAGUCCGACUUCAGGGAGGUGCUGUAUAACAAGCUGCGGCAGGGUUUCCCCGCUACGACGCUUCUGGACAUCCAGCGAGGCGUCAGCAGCGCCGUCAGCCUGAUGCAGAGCAGCCUGCAGCAGGGGAAGUUCAACACGCUGGGCAUCGAGAGCGCCGAAAAUGCCAAGGCUGCGUUUCUAGUGACUCUGAAUAACGUUGAAGUGUGCAGUGAGAAUAUCUCAACCCUAAAAAGAAACCUGGAGAACGACUGCUCCAAGCUGUUCAGUCAGGGCGCCGGGUCUGGUGAACAAGCCAAGAUCGAGAGCUGUUUGUCCGACCUCGUCGGCACCUCCACAAAGUUCAAAGAUCUCCUACAGGAGGGUCUGACUGAGUUGAACACAACAGCCAUAAAGCCUCAAGUCAAACCGUGGAUCAGCAGCUUCUUGUCCAUCUCACACAACAUAGAGGAGGAGGAGUUUAAUGACUAUGAAGCCAACGACCCCUGGGUGCAGCAGCUCAUCGUCAACUUGGAGCAGCUCAUGGCGGAGUUUAAAACGGCCCUCUCCCCCAUCAUCUACGACACACUUACCAGCCUCAUGACCAGCCUGAUAUCCAUCGAGAUGGAGAAGACGGUCUUGAAAUGCUCCUUCAGCAGGCUCGGAGGGCUGCAGUUUGAUAAAGAGCUGCGGUCUCUGGUGGCGUAUCUCACCACUGUGACCACCUGGACCAUCAGAGACAAGUUCGCUCGACUCACACAAAUGGCGACCAUCCUCAACCUGGAGCGGGUCACAGAGAUCUUGGAUUACUGGGGCCCUAAUUCGGGGCCCCUGACGUGGCGGCUGACCCCGGCAGAGGUGCGUCAGGUUCUGGCUCUGAGAAUCGACUUCAGAAGUGAAGACAUCAAGAGGCUGAGACUGUGACCCCAGAGCUGACCUGCUGGUUGGAACAGACUCCAAUAAAAUACCCACCUUUCACUAAAGGGCCGAUCGGGGCUUGAUCUGUGUCUGUGAAUGGACACCAGGACUUCUUCAUGUAAAAAACUAAGGUGCUCACUGCUGUUCGGAGGUUUCCAGACUGUCAGAGUUCUAUGGGUGUCGGUGGAAGGAGCGGUGAAAUCUCCACAUGUCAAUUAACAGUAAAAUAUGAGAUGUUCCCCGAAAUCUUUAAUUAAAAGUGUGACUCUGUAAUUGUAUCACCGCGGGAGUUCAAACCUUUUAACCUGUGACUGGCUGUGAGAAACGGGGACGCGUUGGGACUGCGGAGCGGCGCUCUGCGGCUGUCAGCGAGACGGAGCAGUAAUGAACAUCAUACCCAUUAAACUGACAGAAGCAGGUCAGACAGCUGAUCCAGCGUAGUCAUUCAAUAUAUGAAUAGCUCCUUGUCUGUGAUGAUGGAACACUUUUAACCUAAUAAAUUGAGAGCUGCUGUGCGACGCCUCUGAUCCCUGCCGUCCGCCGCAUUUCACCCGGCGCUGCCCUACUGCCGUGCGAGGCCUGCUCCCAAUCCUUUAUACAUAUUUCGGACGCUAAAUACAAAGCUGUGUUCACCGUGCAGCGAAGCAUUAAAAGUGGUCCACUCUCAUAACGUUCAGCCUAAUUUCCUGGUCUAACCUUAAUUCUCUGCGCAGAUUGAAGCAGGUCAGCUUGGGUUUGAAACGUUGACUGAGGGCGUAGAACCCAGUCGGCCGGUAAUCAAGACUCAGACCACGGAGGCGGGAGUAGUUAGGAAAAGUGUGGCUUUAAUGUAAACACAACAUUCGAUUGGCUCAGCACAAACAUUCCACAUGAGAGCAACCAAUAAACUACUGAAUAGGAUGGGGUGCAGCACAAAAACAUUCACAGUAAAAAAAAAAUCUGGUAUAAUCAUAAUAUAUAUAUACAGUACGGUGCUUUGUAAGGUGAGAAUGAGAUAGGAUAUGAGGGCUGAUAUGUGGUGGGAGCAUACAGGGGUGGGAAGAGGAAGUUUUGGGUGCACAGGUGAGAAUGGAGAGCUGUACUUUUUUUUUUUUUUUUUUUCUCUGUGAAAAGAGAAACGUGACGGACAAACAGAGGAAGAUGAGGUGGAGAGGAAGAGGGGAAAAUGGUUCCCUGUUCACUGAUCAGAGGACGAAAAGGUUUGUUUUUUAAAAAAAUAGAACAAAACAAAA